AUGCGAAGUAGGACGAGCUUUCGAAGAGCGCGACGACAGAUCGCAGACGGCAUGAAAGAUUUCGUUCAUGAUGCCCACAAUACCGAGAGUAUGCUGGCUAUACAGGAUCUGGUAGAGAGGGCCAAACACGAGCCAGAGGAAGUGCAGAAUGGUAUUAUCCGCGCAGGCCUGCAGUGUCAUCUGUAUCCAUUCGAGCCUCGUCAGAAGCAGAUAGAUGCAAUAUGGCAUUUGGUAUUCAAGAAGGACGACCUGCUCCUUACAGCCAAGACAUCUUUCGGCAAGAGUGUCAUAUUCCAGGCAGCCCCGUUGUUUUGUCGCGGCGGCAUCGGCCUAAUCAUCAUCCCAUUAGAUCGAAUUGGACAGGAGCAGUGCAUCAAGAUCCAAAGGCUUCCUGGGGCGAGAUCCGUGUUUAUCAAUGCCAGGACGGACAAGACUGAUGCAUUGGCCCAAGAGAUUGAGACGGGUGUGUAUACUCAUCUCAUCAUGGGCCCAGAGAUCGCAGCUGGUUGGUUUCGGUCAAUAGCAAGCAACCCGUCCUUCAAGAAGCGCGUCUCAGUUGUGGCUGUAGAUGAACUCCACUUGGUGGCACUAUGGGGAAGUGGUAUCCGCCCACAGUAUGCACAGCUCUCUCUCCUUCGUCGAAGAUUAGGAGCGCGUAUCCCUUGGUUUGGCUGUUCUGCCACUUUGGACCAGGGGACAUUGGAUACUGCGAGGAAAAUGACAGGCUUCCAAGCCAGCUGCGAGUUUUUUCGAACUUCAGUCGACAGGCCGGAGAUAAAGUUGCUCGUGGAGACUAUCGAGCCACGAACGACCAAGCGGUUCACCAGCCUCUUCUUCGUCCUACAAGACGCCAUAACGAAUGGGUCGCCAACACCAGAGAAAAUUCCGAAGACGGUAAUUUUCAUAGAUUCACGACGCGAUAUCCAAAAAUGUGCAGAAUGCUUGCGUGAUUGGCUGCACAAACUAUCGGCCGGGGCUAUUAGAGACCGUGACUGCCGACAGAUCAUCGGAGUCUACCACUCACACACCUCUCUGAAUGAUAAGAAUGCUAUAUACGACGAGUUCUCUGAGGCAGAUUCGAAGAUUCGAAUUAUGGUGGCAACAGAAUCAUUGGGAACCGGAGUAGAUCUCUCGGAUGUCAUACGAGUUGUCCAAUAUGGCUUCCCUCUGGAGCGGCUCUUGUGCGUCCUUAUCCAACGGUUCGGUCGUGCAGCUAGAAUGAGUGGAAUCAAGGGAGAGGCUAUUUUCCUGGUCGAAAGCUGGGCUGUAGGUGACAGGAUUGCAUCGACAAGAGCGGUAAUGAUUCGCAGCAGUCAGACGCCGUCGUCUUCGAGACGGUCUUCCGGCACAACCCGAUUAGCUCGGUCAUGCUCCGCUGAACUAGGAGUGGAAGGUGACAUUCCAGACGAUGAAUCGGAUGUUGCUGUAAAUGUCAUUGACUAUGACGUACCAGAAGAGCAGCCCAGGCGUAAAACAGACAGAGAGCGCCGAACGGAGUUGUACAGUGACAGUCCGGCCCUGUUCAAUCUUGUCAAUCGAUCCACAUGCCUACGACGAGUUCUAAUGGAUUGGCUGCAAGAGAGUUUGUCAGACCCGGCAUCCAAGUCACCUGCUCCUGAGCCGGACGAGUGUUGUAAUGUUUGCAACCCCACCCUGACGCGAACGAUGCCUUUCCCGUGGGAUAUUGCUCCUAGUCUUAGGAGGCCCCAGGCCGGGACGGCAUCAGGUGCAUUUUAUGACCGCCUGAUCCUCUGGGGAGACAACGUUGUCAAUUCGGCACAUCAGAUGGUGAAGCCCGAGCUCUCCGUGCGGCUAUUCACGCAGAAGGGCGAGUGGAUAUCCAUGUCGGCAAAGUAUGCCUACAUCCGCACGGCCGCUGAGUUGGAAGAAUUUGCGAAGUCGACUUGGCUGAAAGAGCAUUCCGAUGAACUCUUUAAAGAGUUCAAUGAUAUCAAAUCCUAUGUAGUGAGGAACUGGCCCGGAGGUAGCAGGCUAGGAACCGCUGCUGCAGCUCAAGUUCCAAUCCAUCGGGCGUCGUUGGAAGGACGAGCUCGUCUCGCUCCGGAACGGCAGAUGUCUCGCAAGAGAAGAGCGUCUGUCGAUGUCGAAGCGGAGACUCAGAAGGCUCUUGAUCAGGAACAGAGAGCGUCAUUUUUGCGUGGGCGAGAAGAGUACGCUUCCUCACUAGAGCGAAUCAUUGCCAGAGCCAGAGAGACGCCAGCCUUGUGCUCUCCUAAUCCGUCUACCCCACGAAUCCCCCCGGUACCAGCCAACUCGCCGUUCACAUCUAUCGGCGGGUCGAUAGCACCGACAAGGGAGGGUUCUUCCUCGGCCAUAUCUGCUGUUUUCGAGAAUGAGGUGCCCAGCGUAGUCGACGGCAAUCGGUUGUCGAAACGCCCCGCAUCGAGUCGAGGGGAAGGGGGAAUGACAAAAAGGGUCGUCCUCGGCGUUCUGGAUCCUAAUGCAAGGCGAAGCCCUCGCAGUGAGAAAGGGAAGAAUAGUCGUUAUGACCACGAAGAGUGGAUAUUAUAA